UCAACCUUUACCCCAAGAUCCGCCAUUUCAGCCCCUGAGUUUCAGGUUGCAAAUUACUUCAGAUUUAAUUUAAAACGCCUUGAUAAAUAAAUUAUAUAGUUCUGGUUGCAACAAUUAAUUCUUAAGGGGGGACAGUAUUGUUUUGUGGUAGUCGGUUACAUUUAUAUAAAUCUAACGGUUUAAAGCGGUAUCGAUGCCGUGUCUUUUCCCGGAGCGUGUUCUUACAGUGAAACAAAGUUGUAUGAGUUGAAUCCUAGUUGUGGACAGGGAGAGGCAAGGGGAAGGCCUCGGAGUGGAUUUGCAGUAAUGGCCGGGAAUUUUGAUGCGGAGGAUCGUGCUAGCUGGUACUGGGGAAGGUUGAGCCGACAGGAGGCGGUUUUCCUCUUGCAGGGUCAGAGACAUGGCGUGUUUCUCGUCAGGGACUCUAUUACCAGUCCCGGGGACUACGUGCUAUCCGUUUCAGAGAACUCAAAAGUAUCACAUUAUAUAAUCAACAGCAUCAGCAACAACCGGCAAUCUGGAUCAGGUUUGGCCCCUCCACGGUUCCGCAUCGGGGACCAGGAGUUUGAUGCCCUGCCCGUCCUUCUGGAGUUCUACAAGAUCCACUACCUGGACACCACCACGCUGAUCGAGCCCAUCAGCAAGGCCAAGCACACUAGCUUUGUGAGCUGUGCCGCCACCGCCCCUCCCACUGCAUCGGGCAGCGCCCCGCAGGAGGCAGAGUUUGUUCGCGCCCUCUUCGACUUCCCCGGCAACGACGAGGAGGACCUGCCCUUCCGCAAGGGUGACGUGCUGCGUGUGCUGGAGAAGCCUGAGGAGCAGUGGUGGAACGCGGCUAACCAGGAGUGCCGCGCCGGCAUGAUCCCCGUACCCUAUGUGGAGAAGUACCGACCUGCCUCGCCCACCUCGGUGGCGGGAGGGCCGGCGGGUGUUGGGGGUAGCACUACAGAUGGAGCAGCACCCCAGUUGCCCCCGCCUCUGGGAGAGCCAGGCCAGUAUGCCCAGCCCAUGGUCAACACUCCCCUGCCCAACCUGCAGAACGGGCCCGUCUAUGCCCGCGCCAUUCAGAAAAGGGUGCCCAACGCCUAUGACAAGACGGCCCUUGCCUUGGAGGUCGGAGACAUGGUGAAAGUGACCAAGAUCAACGUGAACGGCCAGUGGGAGGGCGAGUGCAAGGGCAAGCGCGGCCACUUUCCCUUUACGCAUGUCCGGCUGCUGGACCACCAACACUCCGAGGACGAGAGCUGAGACACACACACACUUACACAGCCACACUCCUCACUUCACAUAAGUCCAAUCCAUUCCUCCUCUGUGAUUUUCACCUAUGAUCGAAAAUAACACAUGAUAUAUGGACUGCAGUGGUCAGAAGUUGCAACUCAUUCGCUGUUGUUGCUAAUGUGUGUGAGAGAGAAUGCAUUUAUAUGAAGUUCUCACUCACACACACAGAAUAUAAUUUACACUUCUACCCCUGUAUUGAAGUCCUGAUACACUACACACACACAGCAGAGUUUACGCCCCCUCUCCCAUGUUUGGCAUGAAAUCGUCCUUUACACACGUAUUUGUCCGCACACACACACAUGCCCGCACACGGACCAGACGCUGGUGUAUAUGUGGUUUCUCUCACAGACUCAUGGAUCACCCUUUUGUAGUACAGGACAGUGAAUCUGGGACCUAGAAGAGAAGAGUGGCCAUACUGACUCCUGAUUGACUCCCUCUAGUGGAGAAAGACGCUCACUGCGACUCAAACCGACCAUUGCUGCACUCCACAGAUAGAACAAGUUACCACAGGACACCCAGCAAUGGGGCCUUAACCAAGCCCCUCUGCUACAAACCCCACACUACGAAGUCCUCUUUUUGUACGGAAAUUAAAUGGAAAAUAUUAUGACACUAUUACAUACUAAAUAUUAUGUUAAAUGUUUUUUUGUGUGUUUCUUUUUACCCUGUGCAUGAUCAGACCCUCGCUGCCCUGUGUGAUCACUGACUUUCUGAAAUGCUAUGAUAACUGUGUCUUAUCUGGGGAGUAAGUGGAGACAUUCCUUAGGACUGUAAAGUAUGGGGCCUUUGUCCAGUCCACCUCAUUGUUGUGAGAGAUACAAUGGCCAAACAACAGCUUUGUAUAUAAAUAUACCAAGCAGAUAUUUGAACACUCUCUCCUCUUACUUUGGUCUGCCCCGGUCCCCUCCUUUCCCAUCCUCUUGAUCUCCUCCUGUCUCAUUCAUUUAUAUGAUGGUCCGAUCCAUUUCCUCCCGGCCUCCCCCAUGACAAAGACACUAGAUACACCUGCUGAGUAUGUGCUAUUGUAUACAAAGGCCUUUUUGGCAGGGGGAAAUGUGUCAACAUAUUUAAAAUGAUUCAGAACCUCACAUUGUCAUAAUCAGCACAAAGCCACGGCGUUAAUCCUUUGGUCUCUCCGCUUGUUUCCCUCCCAUGCGGACUGUAACAAACGCAGUACAAGUACAUACACGUUUUUACAUGUACUAAAUUCAUUUCUGCUCGCUUAGUUUCAACUGGGAGCUCCGAGUUAGGUCUGGGUUGAGUUUGGUAAAGCACAGUGUUGAAAGUGUUUUUAAGUUUUUGUAACAGAAAACAAUAAUUAAUGUUUCUUAUUGGACAGGUUCAAGUAGUUUCAAAAUGUCUCUCUCCUCCCGACUGAACACAACCAUAGUCAUUUCCCUAGAGUCUCUCCCUUGGUGCCAAUCUGUCACCCUCACCCAGUACCUACCCUCUGGGCUCAGCUAUGACACACAAAGCCACUGACAUGCCAGAUGCAUUGCAGGAUGCUAAACUGUCAUCAUAUGCAAAUUACCACAUUGCUAAAGGACUGGGUGAAAGGCACAUAGUCACUGGCCAAUCAUAGAAACAUGGGUGGGUGUGUGGACCAAUCGUAGGCAUAUGGGAGCAUUUUAGGCCAAUCGUUGUCAUUUAGGGAGAGCCUGUUGAUUUGUCCUCUCUACCUCGUGUCUGAAUUGUUUUAAUUUGUAUAGAUUUUUCCCCUCAGACAUAUGAAAAAACCAUGCUCGGUUCAUCAUUAUUUUUGUGGAAAUGUUUUUUUGUUUGUUUUAAGGAGCAAUUAUAGCCAAAACACUCUUUCCUUACUCCCUCAACUAUAUCCUGUGGUAUUUUGUAAAUAUGUGCUGGGAAUUGGCCUGCUAGGUGCACACAAGAGAGUAAGAACCCCCCCUUUCCUUCCAAGUCCAUUUCUAAUGAAGCUGCAAGGCUUUUUAAUAAUACUAAGUAAGAGUUAGACUAUUAACAAGCCCUAUGUAGAUGUUUGUUAAAGUUUACAUAGACAAUAUGGUUGCUCUAUUGAAAGCAACACUGAGGGCAACCUGCAUAACUUGCGUUGACUGCAGCGGGAUUGUAUUUAUGAGACAAUGAACAGUAAUGUCUAAUGGUUUUAUGCUCUGUUUGUGAUAUAAACUGAGUUCAGUGACGGAGUAGUAUGGCAAGAGGAUUAUUGAACUAUGACUUCUACAGAAAGCACCAGUGUUGUGUUCAGUAGGGUACAAUGUAGCAAAAUGUUUGCAAUGGGGGGAAUCAGUGUUCUUAUUGGUCAAGUUCAGGUAGUACCUCCCAGUUUCACUCUGUCGUAAUGUUUUCUCCCUACUGAACAAGACCAGGGUCACUGCUUGAACCAACAACCCUUGUCGCCCCUGUGUAAGAAUAUUUCAAAGCGUUUUGUGAAUUUGAAAUGAUGCAAUCUGUAAUUAGCAAUGACUGAGAAAGACUUGCACAAAUGAAUGAAUGUGACUGAAACUCAAACUGAAAAUGUGACAUUAAACUGCAUGACAGUUCCCCAUUGCACAACAAUAUUUUUUUAUAAAGUCAAUACAUUGAUUGGGAAGGGUGCUGUGGUCUGUAUUCAGACCCCUUCACUUUUUCCACAUUUUGUUACGUUAUAGCCUUAUUCUAAAAUGAUUUAUUAUUGUUCAUCAAUAUACACACAAUCCACAAUACCCCAUAAUGACAUGACAAGACAUUUUUUUGCAAAUGUAUUAACAACUUUUUAAAAAACAUACAUUUACAUAAGUAUUCAGACCCUGUUGAAGCACCUUCAGCAGCAACUACAGCCUCGUGUAUUCUUGGGUAUGACUCUACAAGCUUGGCACAUUUGUAUUUGGGGAGUUUCUCCCAUUCUUUGCAGAUCCUCUCAAGCGCUGACAGGUUGGAUGGGGAGCGUCGCUGCACAGCUAUUUUCAGUUCUCUCCAGAGAUGUUCGAUCGGGUUCAAACUGGUUGGGCCAGUUUAGGGCAUUCAGAGGCUUGGCCUGAAGCCACUCCAGCAUUGUCUUGGCUGUGUGCUUAGGGUCAUUGUCCUGUUGGAAGGUGAACCUUCACCUGAGUCUGAGGUCCUAAGUGCUCUGGAUCGCUCUGCACUUUGCUCCGUUCAUCUUUCCCUCGAUCCUGACUAGUCUCCCAGACCUUGUCACUGGAAAAAAAAUCCCCACUGCAUAAUGCUGCCACCACCAUGCUUCAUCGUAAGGAUGGUAUUGGCCAGGUGAUGAGUGGUGCCUGGUUUCCUCCAGACGUGACACUUGGCAUUCAGGACAAAGAGUUCAAUCUUGGUUUCAUUAGACCAGAGAAUCUUGUUUCUCAUGGUUUGGGAGUCCUUUAGGUGCCUUUUGGCAAACUCCAAGUGGGCUGUCUUUCCCAUUACUGAGAAGUGGCUUCCAUCUGGCCUCUCUACCAUAAAGGCCUGAUUGGUGGAGUGCUGCAGAAAUGGAAGGUUCCCCCAUCUCCACAGAGGAACUCUGGAGCUCUGUCAGUGACCAUUGGGUUCUUGGUCACCUCCCUGACCAAGUCCCUUCUCCCCCGAUUGCUCAGUUUUGCUGGUCGGCCAGCUCUUGGAAGAGUCUUGGUGGUUACAAACUUCUUCCAUUUUUAUGAAUGAUGAAAUCAACUGUUCUUGGGGACCUUCAAUUCUGCAGAAUAUUUUGGGUACCCUUUCCCAGAUCUGUGCCAUAAUACAAUCCUGUCUCGGCACUCUACAUACAAUUUAGUCGACCUCAUGGCUUGGUUUUUGGUCUGACAUGCACUGUCAACUGUGGGACCUUUUAUAUAAACUGGUGUGCCUUUCCAAAUCAUGUCCACCUUUGGUGAAUUCAAUUGAUUGGACUUCAAUCAAGUUGUAGAAACAUCUAAAGGAUGAUCAAUGGAAACAGGAUGCACCUGAGCUCAAUUUCGAGUCUCAUAGCAAAGGGUCUGAAUACUUAUGUAAAUAAGGUGCAGACAACACAUUGACAAUUUAAGAUUAAGAACUGCCUACAUUUAAUGAUGCAUCUUUCUUCAGCCUUGUCGACAAACACACUGCUAAUAAUAUGUUUAUUAGGCCUACAUAUGUUAGUUACAUAGCUACACUUAAGUGCACGUUUUAAUGCAUUAUUAGAAUCAUCCACUUCACAUUUGAAUCGAGCAUUGAGGGCCAGCAGUAAACAGUUUUAUAUUAUCUAUGCUGAACAAAAAUAUUAACGCAACAGGACUAUUUCUGUCUGUAGUAAAGCACUUUUGUGGGGAAAAACUCAUUCUGAUUGGCUGGACCUGGCUCCCAGGUAGGUGUGCCUAUGCCCUCCCAGGCACAGCCAUGGCUGCGCACAUGCCCACUCAUGUGAAAUUUAUAGAUUAGGGCCUAAUUCAUUUAUUUAAAUUGGCUGAUUUCCUUCUAUGAACUGUAACUCGGUAAUAUUUAUUUCUACUUUGCACAUUCUUCCACAGCUAUUUAACAAGACAAUGAGACUCAUCCAGUUUGGUUUUUACGAUGUACGAUAAACUUAAAUUGUUUAUAGACCUUUAUAUUUUUCCCGUAAAAGCACAAAUAUGUGUGAAAAGGAUAAGAACAUUUGUCAUUUUGUCAUUUCGAAAAUAUGCCUUUGGAAUUUUGUUGAACGUUAGUAGUUAACGUAAACUCACCCCAUUCUGUACAAAUGUGCGUAACCACAACAUUCUAACGAGGCCACAAAGAAAACGAAUGGGACUGUGUUGACUUCAAAAUCGGGGGUGUGAACUAGGUUUCUAUUCAAGCGUUGAUCCACAUGGUAAUGGCUCUAUAGUAUUGAGAAAUGUUGAAAAAACGGACCCUCCGUUACAUCGGGACGUGUCAGGUCGUGCCCGCAUAAAGCAACUAUUUCUGUCUUACAAUAUCUUUCCACCAGGUGUAGCACUUCUCUCAUCCUUUAAAAACAGGAAAUGGACAGUGACGGGGGUAAGGGGGGGGGAUACCUAGUCAUUUUUUUUGCGUCAUCAUUGCAUGCGAUCAUCAUUCUCAAAGCCGUUUACUUCUAAGAUCACUUUAGCACCGCCCUAAAAACCCGAUUCAAAUUCGACACAAACCUUCAAAUAUGUAUGUAAUGACACAUUAUAGAAAAUAUUUAUAGUGUUUUAUUUACAUUUUAGAGGCGAUAAGGUGAUAAAUUGGACAGAUUGAGUGGGGAAAAAAGCAAUUUUCCCACAUGACUUCUCUCCUCACUAUCGCGUAUUAGUUUAGCUUCCCCACCCGCCAUUUUUAAAAAGACCUGACGGGGCUCAUUGCCUGCUUGAAUUAUGCAGAAACGGGCAGUGUUUAGGUCAUGUAAUUGAUUCAGUUGGAAAGGAGAGAAAUUGUGCUUUACCAUGGAAUUGACAUUACAGUUGAUCUGGAAGUAUUACGUUUUUGGGGCUAAAAUAAGGGCAAUUGUAAGGACCAAGGUGAUGUACGAUUUUACGUUUGUAGUCUUGUCAGGGAUGCAUCACGCAAUAUUGGGACACUACACUUCACAGACAAAUUUGGAAAAUUAAAAAUGGCCAAGUUGACAUAUUUUAAAGAAAUGCCAUAAACAGGAUGGUUGUUCAGCAACAAACAAAAAAACGACGGGGCAAAACAGACAGGGUUGGCGUAGAUUGUUAACAUGUAAACUAUUUAGUCUCCAAUGUUUAUUGAAAACAUAAAUACAUUUGCACAAUGAGCACUUGUUUUAAAUACAUCGUUACAUUUCUUGGUUAGCUACAGUGGGGCAAAAAAGUAUUUAGUCAGCCACCAAUUGUGCAAGUUCUCCCACUUAAAAAGAUGAGGGUCCUGUAAUUUUCAUCAUAGGUACACUUCAACUAUGACAGUCAAAAUGAGAAAAACAAAUCCAGAAAAUCACAUUGUAGGAUUUUUUAUGAAUUUAUUUGCAAAUUAUGGUGUAAAAUAAGUAAAGGAGUUGGAUGACAGACAGGGGUCACUGGAUGUAACUCUGCCACAUUUAGCCCUAAUGCUAACUUGACCAGGUGGCAUUGAAGAGCGUGCAUAAUUUUCGUUUUCAGCUAACCCAUCUAUUGGUUGGUGGAUAUAAGGUCUAAGAUCUUUGAUAGGCUGAUGCAGAAUUUGUUACAGGAAAUAAUCACUGCCACCUGGUCAGGUUAGCAUUAGGGCUAAAUGUGCCAAGUUAUGUAAUGGGAAUAGUUAAUGUAGCGUUUUAUCACGUGCAAUUCCGUUGACAAUUUUAAUUGGGUGAUGACGAUUUUGAGAAGGACAAAGUUUUAAAUGUUCGCAAAUAUGGACCCCACGCGUCAGUCAUCCUUGCAUGUUGCAUCCAGUGACCCCUGUCUGUCAUCCAACUCCUUUUCAUGCUUUCCUUGAAGAGAAAAGACUGUCUCUAUUUCAUAGAGGGUGAUGAUUAUAUUAUUACUGAUUUGUCUAGAGGAUUAUAGGCCAAUCAGGUAAAGCACUUUUUGUCUGUAGACCAAUUAAUACUUAGAUUUGAAUGUGUGACUUUAAAAUUGUGUCCUUUCACAAAAGUUCCUCAAUGUUGAAUCCCCUUAAUGCAUCUGCUAUGUUUCCCCCAUUAGCCAUCAUUUGAAGUUUUAUUUUGAUCAUGCCAAAUGGUGUUCAUUGUCUUGUAUUUUUGUACCCAAUCACAAUUUUCCUUUUGUGCCAUCCCUAUAUUUUAGAAGAGGACAGGAGCAGGUGAAAAAAGAAAGAUGACUGAUUUAUUGAUUUUAAGUUGUGCCAUUCUGCUAUAACCAUAUUAUUUGAAGUUCAAAUUUGACCUUUUAUUUUCUGUAGCAUGUUAAUAUUCUUAGUAAAUAAAAACCUAUUAGCAAAUGGA